GUUGCUUGUAAUGAAAUAAAGGUAGCUGAGAUCUUGAAUUGGUUCCAGAAACAGAAAAUAGAGAAACUCAUCUGCGCUUACAUGAGCAAAAUAAAUCGCCUUUUCUUUUAGAUACAUUUGUGAAGAAUAUAGUACAAGAAAGAGAUUUCUAUAAAUCUGAGGUAGAAUACUUAUUAAAGAUGUUGAGAAACAAACCUUCAGGCCAAUGCAAUUCAUCCAGAGGACGUAGUCCACUGCGCUCAUCUCCUGUGAAGGGAGGAAGUUAUGAGUCUGAACUCAUAUGCAUUAUCAAAGAGCGCGAUGAUCUUCAAGCCAUGUUAAAUAAAUACGAAAGGCACAUGGCAGAAGUUCAGGCAAAUGUCAAAGUUUUAACUGCAGAAAGAGACCAAAGCAAACUCCUGUACGAACAGGCCCAGGAAGAGCUUAAUAGGCUACGCAGGGAUGCUGCCAAGUCACCAAGAUCUCAGAAAAACAGUUUGACAGCACAGGAUAUUCUGCGACGUUUAGAAUGUGAGCGUGAUGAAGCUGUUGCAGACUUGCGGAGAAUGACCACAGAGCGAGACAGUCUUCGAGAACGAUUAAAGAUUUCUCAGGAGACGGCGAUUAAUGAAAGAUCGCAUCUGGAACAAAGAAUAGAAGACUUGAAGGGUUCCAUGCACACAUUAGAAAAUGAAAGAUUGGAACAUCGUUCUAGGUUGACUUGUCUAAAAGAUAGUGUAACUUCUCUGGAGGAAGAAGUCAAAGUAUUGGCUAGAAAGUCAUCUGACACUGAAGAUGAACUAUGCAGGCAGAGAGCAGAAAACAACCAGAUCAGAAUGUUAAUGGACCAGGCAGAAGACAGUCUUGCUGAAACCCAGCGACGUCUCUCAUUAAAAACCACUGAUCUACAACUUGCACAGGAUAAAAAUGUUCGGCAGAAUGAAAAGAUUGAUGAUCUGACCAGACAGAUUUCUUCGCUUCAGGAAGAAAUUAGCUCAACUCGAGCGAAUGUCUAUGAACUUGAUAAACAGAAGAGUAGUUUACAGGAGCUCAUGGAUGAAAAGACUGAGACAAUUGCUUCCCUAGAGGAAACACUUCACCAGAAAAAAAAGAACAUUGCAGAUAAUCAGCUAAACAUAAGUGAAUUGGAAACGACUGUUGAUCAAUUGAAUGAGACAAUCAACAAUAAAGAAAAUGACAUUUCCAGUAUUCAGCAUCAGUAUGAUUCCAUCAGUUCUGAAUUAGUAGAAAUGACCCAAUUAAGAGAAACGGCAGUUCGUGAAAAUAACCAUCUGCAUGACCAGUUGUCAAAAUUAAAAUACGAACAUCAGUCAGUGAACCGUAAACUGGAAGAAUCCAUUCAGGAGAAUAAAGACUUAAAGAUCAAAGUCCAAGAUUACAUCACUGAGAUAUCCAAGGUGGAGAAUUUGCUUAGCGGCAAGGAAAAUGAAAAUUUUAAUCUGAUGGAGCAAUGUCGUAGAACUAAUGCGCAGACAGAGACCUGGGAAUUGAAAGCUCGCCAAAUAGAAGGAGAGUUCAAUUCAGUUCAGAUGGAGCUUGUUACUGUGAAAGCUGAGAACCGCAGGAUGUGCGAAAAAGUUAACUCACUUGAAAAAGAAAUUGAGGAGCAAGAGGCUGCUAGGAAUGCAUAUAAAGCCCAAGUUUGCUCACUUAAUAAGUUGAUAAUGAAGCUGGAAGAUGAACUUCGGCAAGUCCAAAAUGAAAAGAGCACAGCCCUCACUGACCUCACAUCCACUCAAGAGCUCUGCUUGAAGCUGGAUUCUAACAAAGAGAUGAUGAUGAGGCAGGUGGCCAGCAAAAACAAGGAGAUGGAGCAAGUUCUAAGUGAGCUUGAAUCAGCCCGUUCUGAAAUAGAGCUCUUAAGAAACCAACUUUCAAGUGAAAGAACUUCAAUAAAAAAUCUGGAAUCUUUGUUGGCUUCUAAUCGGGAGAAAAAGUUCCAAAGCCAGAUGGUCACUCAAGAGAAAGAGACUGAAAUUCAGCUCUUCAAAGAUAAGCUUUCCUUAGCUGAUAGCAAACUGGCAUCUCAAGCCCGUGAAAUUUCUCAGCUGAGGAGCAAGGCAGCAAUGCUUGAAACAGAGCUAGAUAUGGCAAAGCGUCAAUUAGGUACUGAGCGAUUUGAAAGAGAAUGUGCUGUGCAGGAGCUUCGGCGACACGGCCCCUCUUACCGUACUACGUCACCACCUCAACCUACUUUAAGUCCAGUUUCACAUUCACCGGAACGUUCGAGCCGUCGCUCUCCUGAUUGUACCCUAAACAGAUCACUGAACAGGGCAUCAUCUUUGAAAGAGUUUUGAUUUUGUGACGAUUUAUCUCCACAAUCAUUUGAAAAAGGACCAUGAAUCUCCGAGACUCUCAAAAGGAAGAUCUUCCAUUUCAAAACAUGUGAAUUCUGUUUUAUCAAUUUUUUUUUGUUGAACGCAUUAAUGAUGUACCAAUACUUUCAUCUUAUAUGCCAGAGAAUUUUACUUUGCUACAUCUUUUGCUUUACCUGCUUGGGAAUUUUUAAAAAGUGCAAAGAGAUGCAACUUCUAAUGAGCAUUUCAUUCAUUGUCACAGAAUCUAUCAACACAUCUAUGUCAUGCACUGUAGCUUAAUGUUUUAAGCUAGUAUCAUUAACUGAAUAU